AUGAUUGGCUUGGCACCGGCGCUCUUUGUGAACCACGGCGGUGGACCUUUGCCGCUUCUUGGCGACAAGGACCAUGAAGGCCUGACGGUUUUUCUACGUGACGAGGUGAAGAAACACGUGAAUCUGAAAGAGCUUAAGGCUAUAAUAUUGGUCACAGCGCAUUGGGAAGAGAACAAAGUGACAAUAUCUUCGGGUAACCACCAUAGCUUAUAUUUUGACUACUAUGGCUUUCCUCCUGAAUCAUAUAAAUACAAAUACGACGCUCCUGGUAACCCUGAGCUGGCUGAUAGAAUAAAAAAGAGCUUAGAAAAAUCUGGUAUAGAGUGUAGACUUGACCCAAAGAGAGGUUGGGACCAUGGAGUCUUUGUACCAAUGAUGCUUAUAAACCCUGAAGCAGAUGUACCAAUUAUUCAAGUAUCCGUAUUGAGCAAUCAAGAUCCCGAACAACAUUACAACCUUGGAAAAGCUUUGUAUGAGUUCCGGAAGGAGGGGAUAGCAGUGCUUGGCUCUGGAAUGUCAUAUCAUAACAUGAGAGAGUUUAGGCACAGUAGGAGUUUGAAGAAAGUUAUAAAUAAGGAAUUUGAUGAUUUCCUUAAUGAGGUGUGUACUGCUAAUAGUGAAGAGAAAAGAAGAGAGGGACUGUUGUCUUGGAGGAAUCAACCAGGAGCAUCGGAAGCACACCCUCCACAUGCUGCAGAACACUUCAUGCCUUUGAUUGUUAUAGCAGGUGCAGGCGGCUCAGCACCUGGAGAAAGGAUUUUCAACUGGGAUAUGAGUGGAACAUUCCGCUUAAGUGGAUUCAUUUGGAGAGGAGAA